GCGUUGCCCCGACGGUUGAGGCAGACUGUGGACGUGCAGCUCUAUAUGUCUGAGUUUCGUGUGCGUUCGAUUCCUGCCGAUGCGUUCUGAUUGAGACACCUCCAUCCGUCUAUUCUUCCCACUCGAUAUCAGAUCCAGUCAAACAGCCAAGGCAACAGAGUGACUUGAAAAUGUCGCGCAAUCGCGGCGUCUCCGCUCGCAACGACGUCGAUCCCGAGAGGCUCUUCUCGAAGCUAGAACGGAUAGGAAAAGGUUCGUUUGGCGAGGUCUACAAAGGAAUCAACAACGAGACGAAGGAGGUGGUGGCCAUCAAGAUCAUCGACCUCGAAGAGGCAGAAGACGAAAUCGAAGACAUACAGCAGGAGAUCGCCGUGCUGUCGCAAUGCGACAGCAACUUCGUCACCAAGUAUCACGGCUCGUAUCUCAAGGGCACAAAGCUGUGGAUUAUCAUGGAAUAUCUCGGUGGAGGUUCCGCAUUAGACCUCAUGAAAGCAGGUUUGUUUGACGAAGUCUACGUCGCAACCAUCCUACGGGAGAUCAUACGAGGCUUGGACUACUUACACACCGAGAAAAAAUUACACCGAGACAUAAAAGCUGCAAACGUGUUGCUGUCUGAGAAUGGAGAGGUCAAGUUGGCUGAUUUCGGUGUCGCUGGCCAGCUGUCUGACACUCUUAGUAAGAGAUCGACAUUUGUGGGAACGCCAUUCUGGAUGGCACCGGAAGUGAUCAAGCAGUCGGCGUAUGACUGCAAGGCUGACAUUUGGUCACUUGGCAUCACAGCCAUUGAGUUAGCUAAGGGAGAGCCUCCCAACUCGGAUCUUCACCCAAUGAGAGUUCUCUUUCUCAUACCACGAAACAACCCACCAGAAUUAGUAGGAAACUACAGCAAGACAUUCAAGGACUUUGUUGCUUGUUGUCUCAACAAAGACCCCAACAAUAGACCAACAGCGAAAGAACUAUUGAAGCAUCGGUUUGUAGUGAAAGCGAAGAAGACGUCGUGUUUAGCGGAUUUGAUCGAGAAACACCACAGGUGGAAGACAGAGAAUGCGAAAGAUGAUAGCAGCUCAGAUGAAGGGGAAACGCAAGAAGAAGAUGGUUUGGAAGCACCCGAUUGGAAUUUUGAUACCAUAAAGGGAUCGUCAGAGAAUGGUGCUGUAAUGGCAGAAAUAGGAAAAUCGGCAGCGUUGACAAGCAACGAUAUAGUCAGUGCUGCACCAUCUGAGUCUGCACAACCUGCACCUCCACCACCAAAGCUUCCUAUAUCAAAGAGUUUGAAGACUGUAGUAAUACCGGUAUUGGAAGAGUUGAAAGGUAACGAAGGGGUGGACGGCAACGCUGUUGAUGAGUUGUCACGGGCGUUUGAGCUUGCCGAGGUUUCAUAUCCAGGUGUCAGUGAUGUUCUAACAAGUCAGAUUAUUAGCAAACUGAAAAGUUCGUGACAAGAUGGCUUCUCUCAGCUGGCUGAUUCAGGGAUUUGAUUUCAUAGUGUACAUGACUUUUCAUUAGCAUGCAUUCUAUUAAUUGUAGAUACAAGUCAAUCACUGGUGACAGAUUGGCAGCUCUAACAGUACGUUUGCUGGCUGGCUAUCUGCUGGUCACGAUUCUCUAGCUUUUGCCUAGCUGUAAGAACACAACUGAUAUUUUUGGUGAAAAACGCUAUCUGCUAUUUUAUUGA